AUGUCGGCGAUGCUGCGCAUUGCUUUAUCCGAUCGCUUUGUACCGAUCCUAAUCCAUAUCCUGGUUAUGCGCGCAGAUUCGCACCACAUACUGCUGCAACUGGUCAAGGGAGACGUGUCUCUGGAAGCCUUUGGCAAUGACGACUCCAUGCCCGAUCUAUUCAGUGCCGGUACAGAUGUCCUGCCCGACGAGCCCGAAACGUCCAAUGUGAUGAAAAAAAAGGCCCCAGACGCCACUAUCUCAUUCCAGAAAUACAGUAAAAUUGGCACCAUGCUACUGCACCAUGUGCACCAGCACGAAGAGAGGGAAGCCGCUAAGGCCCUGGAUACACAAGACGAUAGCCCCACGGGCAUCACCCGCCAUGACCUGGUCUCGUGGUACUGCGAGGAACUGAGUGACGAGCUCGAGACGGAAGAAGACAUCAACGCAGCCAUCUCGCUGGUGUGGAAGAUUGUCGACCGAUUAAUUAAGAAAGAGAAGUUCCUGGUCGAACGCAGUGUGCGCCAAAUAGUGCAGGACGAUGAAGGAGAGCAAGAAGAGGAAGUCAAGUACCUGUUCAUCCACCCGAACAUCUCCAUCGACAAUGUGGUGUUCGAGAGUGUCUAA